GGCGUGACCACCCGGCAGUUUCAAAACCGGAUGCGCGGUUUCAGUUGUUAUGGAGCUAACGUUACUUUAACCUGCCAAACAAACACAAAUAGUCGAUUUAUAACAAACAAUCUAUCCUAGAAAAUAGAACUGUUGUCUGAUAGUCAUGGAGGAAAAAGAAAUCGUUACGAAGGUCUCCCGAAAAGAGUUGCGUAAGCAAAAGUUGAUGGAAUACUUGUCAGCAAAAGGAAAGUGGAAACCGCCCAACCCAAAGCCAUACCUACGCGCCGACUGUCUGGUUAAGAAGCCCGUGCCGUCUGCACUGGAGGUGGUUUCGGACAAAGAGAACAAGGUUCCAGCUGACAGAUUCACACAUGAGAGCACAAAAAUUCAAACUCAAAAAAGAUUUAGUGACUCACGUAAAGUGAGCGUAUCGGCCAACAAUCUGACUGGACGGCACGGUGCCAAACAACCGUCUACAACCGGUGGCUCUGCCCAACGUUGUCAAAAUCAUCUGCCGACAAGAACGGCGACAGCUUUGUCCUCUGGAUCCAACCCGACUGCAGCGAGUCAUCUCCAGAAGCGCCCAAACACGGGGGCAAAGAACGGGCACCCAAUACCGUCUUCCGGCAGAGCCUCUUCAAAUGCAUCUGGUGCAGCUGCAACCAAAUCAAACAGCCGACUCAACAGUAGCUCGAAGGCUUCGUGGCCUCGUCCAAUGACGGCGGUCAGUGUCAGGAUGAGUCUCGGCCCCAUGGUCAAAACAAAAACGGGACUAGUUCCUGCGGCGAUUCAGCCCAGUGACGUUCAAAGGCACAGAAACUUUACGCACACCUCGGCCACAGCGGCCGAUACAACCACCAAAAAGAUGCAAUCCAGCACGCGGGCGUCCGUCUCUGUGUCCCAGAAGUUCACCGUGACUCAGAGCAAACCGCUACGAACCACUUCCCUUAACAAUAACCAGGGGGCAAAAGUUAAAGUUCAAAAUCAGGGCAAAUGCAACUCUAAACCACUGCUGAGUAGAGCGUCUCGGCCCCCGUCUAAGAUUCCACCAUCAAGUGGUCCGAGGUCCACGGCGGCCCCGUUGAAGCCACAAGGCGGCGGGGCGGCGGCAGCCGGUCGGCCCGCAGGAAGGUCCACAACGCACACAUCUGCCAUUACGGGGCAGAAAGAGAGGCAACCAAGCCAGGUCGCCCCCCAAACAUCGUCCCGGCCAGCGAGCGGGUGCGGUUCCAGAGCGGCCGGCGGGGCUGAAAAAAACAGGACGUGUGGCGGGACAGACGCCGAAAGGGGCCGCGGUUCAGCGAUGGGCCCUCCGGCACAAACCGGUUCAAGACGAACGGGUGCUUUGGGGGUGUCCCAGACGGUGCCGCGGCCCAACAGGCCCAUCAGCCACACCGGCCACGCCACGAAUACGAAGACGCCGAAGGUCCCAGUGAGGGUCGUGCCCCAGACGGAGGGGAGGAAAGUGACUGCUGCCCAGGAGGACCGAGUGAGAAAGCUCCAUGAGUGGCGGGAGGCCAGAGGCAUUUCCUACAAGCGGCCCCCGAUGCCGGUCAAACCUCAGGUCAGGCGCACCGUGGCCGUGGCCGAGCCUUUCUGGGGCUCCAUGAGUGAGGAAGACGAGGCCCGCUCCCUCAUCGGGGCCGUGGACAGGUCCCUGGCCGACUGCAUCAAGCUGCUGGAAGAGGGUUUCCCUACAGACCAGGUGAGGGAGGUUCUCUCUCGGCUGCCGCCGGUGUCCAGGAAGUUCGCCAAGUACUGGAUCUGUCGGGCCCGGCUGAUGGAGCGAGACGGCCACCUGGACGUCCUGCCGGUGUUUGAAGAGGCCGUCGGCGUUGUGUUAGAGCCGCUGGACGAGCUGCGGACCGUCGUGUUCCAGAUCCUGAAGAAAAGGGACGAGAUCAAAGCAUCGGCGGAAGGUGAGGAAGAGGAAGACGCAACUCCGGCGUGUGAAAGCGGUCCGGAGAGGAUCAGGAACCCAACGACGCCCCCCCGACCCGCCCGAGCUCUGAUCUGUGGGGAGAGGGGAGACUCGUCUGUCGUCAAGUACAAGAUCACGUCGACUCCCGGCGGCGCUCUGAGCCACCAGGCGGAGCCGGCGCGGGUCAACGGCCAGGAGGUCCGCUUCCUCACGCCGGUGCGGCGCUCGGUGCGCAUCGAGAGGUCCUCGCUGCGAUACCCGGCGGCCCUCCAGGACCACGACGUCUGCGUGGCCUCCUACAGCGACCUGAUCUCCGAGGAGGAGGGCGAGGAGGAGGAGGAGGAGGGGGGCGGGGCGGGGCGGGCGUGCCAGGCGCCGAUGUACGUGUACCGGCAGAACGAGGCGCUGGAGGACCGCGUGUUCGUCCGGCUGGUCUACGACGACGCCGAGUAGUUCCAUCCCGGGGAAGAGAGUAAAGAAAUGGAUUCCUCUCACUCGCGUAUAAAGACGCUUGUUGUUUUCUCUCUCUUUUAGUCAUAUCGUGUUUUGUACAUAGUAUAAUGUUUUUUUUUUUUUUCAAACUCUAUAAACCUUGUGCUUGUUUAUCUUCAGCAUGAGGGAUCUCGUACGCAACAGCUGCUCUCACGCAGACGGCGUAGCCACAAAGUUUUGUAUUUAUUGAAGCGUUUUAGAACGUUUAAGUGUCCGUUUCCGAUGCCGUAUCUUUGCGAGGCUGGAUCGAUGUAUGAAGAGCUGAUCGCGUGACUCAUCAACGCCCCCUUCCCUACGUCUCAACACGUCCACGGGGGAGAAAAGGGGCCCGUGAGUUGCUGCACGUAUCGACCAUUGGCGGUCGAUCCUCCAGACGUCUAUUUGUCACCAGUAGCUGUUUCAGUGCCUUCAUUGGGUGUGGCGGAAGAUUUUCGCACAGAAAAUCAGUAUCGGUAGAAGAAGACUCCUGUAUUUCUCCGUUGAUUUCCUUGCAAGGGGAAGAACCUUCCUCCUCGCACAACAGGACCAGGCAGUUCUUCUCCAAACCAAAACUGGCGUCUUUAUCGGUGUGAGACACUCCAGCUCAGUCGUGCGUCACGGCCUCGCCAUCCCAGCACCUGCUGGUUGAACCGGCUGCAUUCAAUGAAACCGUCUCAAGGGAGACGGGAUACAUUUUUCCAUUACACUCCACUCUCUUGUUUACAUAAUAAUCACACAAUAUGCCUUAUAAUGUAAUGUGCACAUUUACCAUCUGUUAUCCACCACAGUCUAAUCGUGACUAUGAACAUGCAGAGAUCCUUUGCUCCCAAAGACUUUUACCUGUCGCAGAACAAAAACUCGAAAAUAAGGAAGAAAUCUGUUAAAGAAAAAGACUGAAAACCUCCCAGGAAUGAGCGUUACACCACGGACGUUACGUGUCCAUCAUAACAAUUACUUAUAGGAACUGCGAGGUGUUUAAAUCACGAUACAGAAAUGAAUGAUCUAAAAAUAGAUAAAGUCCGUUAAACAUUAACGCACAACCAUUUGUAUUAUCAGAUAACGCGCAACACAAUGUGCCUGCAUGUGAGAGCACGAAGGUGGAACGUUAUUGCAGUUUUUCCUAUUCAUACUAAGUAUAACUAGUAAUUAAAAGGAAAAUGUUCGACCAAACUCAUUGAAUAAUUGCAUGAAAGCUAGAAUGUCACAUGGAUUACUUUGAUGUGUCUAAAACCUUGUUUAUUCCUAAUUUACCACGGAUUAAUUAAUCCGUGGUAAAUUAGGAAUUAGAGGGAAUUUCACGUCUUCUGUGAGGCACAGAUGAAGGCGUUGGUGCGUUGGACCAGCUCAGCCCUUUUUUAACCUUGUUUCCCUUCUUAAUGUGUCAAUCAACUCUUAAUAAACGGACCUCCCCCCCGCGGCCGGAGGGCAGCGUUUCCCAAAGCGCUCUGUGCAUUUAAUGCAAAUAUGCAGAUUGCAUUGUAUUGUGCCGGUUUGUGAGUGUGUGUGUUUGUGUGUGUGCAGUGGGACUUUAUUUUGAAUGCUGUUUGGGAGUUCCAUCCGUCUGCAAACCGCUUAUCCUGCACACAUGGAGUCUCUCAGCCAACGCCGGCCGACAGACCACAAUAUACAGCGGGUCAUUAUGGACAGUCCCUGUUUGGCGAUUCGUUUGUGAUGAUUUGAUUACUUUCUCUGUGUUGUCAAUAAUCUUGAAUCCAUGUAUUGCCCAAACGAGGACCGGUUCUAAUUCCACUACAUUAGGAAAAGCCGCACACACAAAAAACACACUUCAUUUUGGCUCUGGGAGACGCGCUUUGGCGCACAGCAAUUUUCAGAAUUAAAUUGAAUAAAUUUAACUGUCAGAUUCAA